AUGUGUGAACAACCAUCACCAAUAGAUUCAUACAAUUAUUUACCAGUGAUACAACGUAUGACGGAACAAAUCUCUCAUUCACACAAUCAUGGUCAACAUUCAUUAACAAAUAAUAAAAAGUCUUCGUCUCAUGAUAGUUUCAAAUAUGUCAUUCCACAACAAGAACAAGCAUAUUGUCAAGCGAAACACGCACAAAUAGUACUUGAUGAAUCAAUGGCUAUUAACCAUAAUCUUGCUCUUGAAUUAAACGUCAAAGAGAAGUCACAAUCACACAACACUUCUCAUCAAACAAAAAACUAUUCUGAACUAAAAGCAAAUACUGAUUUCAGUGAUAUGCAAAUAAUUGAUGUUCGUCAUAAAUUGAAUCUUAUUGAACAAGAUCGUAUGCAAACUGUUCAGCCAUAUGUAUUGAGCGUGAGAUUUAAAAAGAAUUAUGACAAUGAUCAACUUUUAUGUGAUAUCGAAUCAAGAACAGUAGUAACUGUUCAAACAGAUUUUACAACACAAGAUGAUGAUACAUAUCAUCGACAAGUACCAUCACAUCGAUCUAUUGAUACAAAUACUUUUAGCUCAUACGAAAAAAAAUAUUCAAAAAAUUUGUUUAUCGAUGAUCGACAUUCAUCCGUGAAUAGAAUAAAACACAGAACACGGCAUCGUGUUAGAACAUCAUCACCCAUUCAUGUUUCAGAACCAUCCAAUACAAUGGAUAAACAAUCUCAAAUAGACAGUGAGUGA